UUUCCCGUCAAGCAGUUCAUCCAAUCCUCACCCUAUCAAGACACUGGAUGAAAUUUCAGUAAUAACGAGCGGAAACACAGUUCUUAUUCUGCCUUGGGAGCUCCUCGAAGACAAUUCCAAUAACUUAUCAAGGAUAUAAUAAAUCUGUUACUACUUCCACGUCUCCUAGCCUCUGACGUCAGGUGGCUCGAUCUCCAUCACAGUUCCGAAUGUUCUCAUCUGCAUAAGUACAAGCACAACAUUGUCAUCACUUCAGCAAAUUAUAACCCUGUCUCACCUUUUCGAGAUCAAUUUUCUACGUAUCUUAAUAUAUUUUCUAGCUGUCUUUGCCAUAUUCUCAUCAGAGAAUCUCCAUCAAAUCCUCAUCAUGGCCCAAUCCCGCACCUCUCCGGAUCUCAAGGUCCCCACCUCAAACACAACAGUAAAGGUUCGCAUCAUCAACACCACCACUCAAGUCGACGGCAUCCCCCUAGCACACUUUGUCCAACCCGAAAUAAAAGGCUUCACCCACUUCUCCUGCCCCGCCUUCUCCUUCCUGGUCGAGCAUCCCUCCUCGCGAAACCUUCUCUUCGACCUCGGCGUACGGAAAGACCACGAAAAUCUCGCUCCCCGCAUCGUCAAGCGCAUCGCAGAUGGAGGAUGGAAAGUAGUGGUUAAGCAAGGGGUUCGAGAGCAGCUGGAAGCCAAUGGAGUUGAUGGAAAGAGCAUUGAAGGGAUUAUCUGGAGUCAUUGGCAUUGGGAUCACACUGGUGAUCCCUCGACCUGUGAGAAGAGUACCGCGUUGAUUGUGGGACCAGGGUUUAAAGAGAACUUCACGCCUGGGUAUCCGAAGAACCAAGAUGCGCCGAUUAGGGAGAGUGAUUAUGAAGGGAGGGAACUGAGGGAGAUUAAAUUUGAUCAGCGGUUGAAGAUUGGGAGGUUUGAGGCUUUUGAUUAUUUUGGGGAUGGCAGCUUUUAUCUUUUGGAUUCUCCCGGCCAUGCGAUUGGACAUAUGUGUGGUCUUGCACGCGUUACGAGCAACCCAUGUUCCUUUAUUUUUAUGGGUGGUGAUGCUUGUCAUCAUGGGGGAGAGUUCAGGCCGAGUCAGUAUCUGCCGCUGCCCAAGUCUAUUUCUCCCAAUCCGCUGGAUCUGAAGAGCAAAACUCCUUGUCCGGGGUCUUUGUUCAAUGAUUUGUAUAGAGAUGGUGAUAAGAUGAAGCCGUUUUAUGCCAUUGCCAGGCUUGAUGAUGGCAAGGGCGUUGCCAAUGAUGUCGAUGAAGCGGAGGUUACGAUUGGGAAGGUCAUUGAGGCUGAUGCGAGGGACGAGGUGUUGGUCGUGAUGGCUCAUGAUGAGAGUUUGCUGCCAGUCAUGGACUUCUUCCCGAAGUAUGCAAAUGACUUCAUGCAAAAGGGAUGGGUAAAAGAAGGAAGAUGGUUGUUCCUGAAGGAUUUUGCCCAAGCUGUCAAGCAUUGAGAGCUGCCGCACUUGGACAGAUUGGAAUCGGGCUGUGAAGAUCUAAUACUCUCAAAUAGCAUUGAAACUUCUUGUAUUCAAAUGAUGAGAAGCAAUGAGACAUAUUUACCACUCGCUAUGCAAUGC